UUUUUUGCAAUCUGUCCCACAGACAGUUCAGUCUUUGGUCCUCCUGUGUGAACCCUCUCGGAAUACUUCCCUCCUGCUCUUGCUGUUUCUGGGACCAAAGCAAACCGUGCUCGGUAGCAGUUUUCCACUGCGGACUGUGUGCUACAUUGUAGCUGAGGAUAUUCGUGUGAAACCGACAAAAUGACACAUUUCAACAAGGGGCCAGCCUACGGACUGUCUGCUGAAGUCAGAAGCAAAAUUGCUCAGAAAUAUGAUACACAAAGGGAGGAGGAGCUCCGCUUCUGGAUUGAGGAGGUAACGGGAAUGUCUAUUGGAGAGAACUUCCAGAAAGGCCUGAAGGAUGGAGUCAUCCUCUGCGAACUGAUUAAUAAGCUGCACCCUGGUUCAGUAAAGAAAAUCAACCUUUCACAACUGAACUGGCACAAGCUGGAAAACCUUGGGAAUUUCAUCAAAGCUAUCCUGGCCUAUGGCCUAAAGCCCAAUGACAUCUUUGAGGCUAAUGACCUGUUUGAAAAUGGGAACAUGACUCAAGUCCAGACCACACUGCUCGCACUGGCCAGCAUGGCAAAGACCAAAGGUAUGGACACAAAGAUUGAUAUUGGGGUGAAGUACGCAAACAAACAAGCUCGACAUUUUGACGAUGAGAAGAUCAAAGCUGGUCAGUGUGUCAUUGGACUGCAGAUGGGGACAAAUAAGUGUGCGAGUCAGGCUGGAAUGACUGCAUAUGGAACCAGAAGACAUCUAUAUGAUCCAAAGACUCAGACUGACAAACCCUAUGACCAGACCACCAUCAGCCUGCAGAUGGGAACCAACAAAGGAGCCAGCCAGGCGGGCAUGUCAGCUCCCGGUACCCGCAGGGACAUCUUCGACCAGAAGGUUGCACAGCAGCCGCUGGACAACUCCACCAUCUCCCUCCAGAUGGGCACCAACAAGGUGGCGUCUCAGAGGGGCAUGAGUGUGUAUGGUCUGGGCCGACAGGUGUACGACCCCAAAUACUGUGCCCCGCCGACAGAGCCCGUCAUCCACACUAACGGAAGCCAGGGCACUGGCACCAACGGCUCGGAGAUCAGCGACAGUGACUAUCAGGCUGAGUUCCAGGAGGACGAGUACCACGGAGGUUACCAUGACGACUACAGCACCCAUUACAAUGAUCAGGGCAUUGACUAUUAGUGGAGACGUCCACCUCCAGAGCAGUAUUAACGAGUGUAUUUUAUCAACUACACAACAGAGCCUUUUGCUAUCCUGACUAGUCUUCUUCUUCUCUUGAAACAUAAAAUGAAACGUUGCCUUGAGUGCUUUCCUUCUUCACCUAGACUCCUUGAUCCGAGCAACAAAGGUUGUAAGAAGUUGUAGUAGCAUAGAAUAAUGAGAUACAGUGAUGAAAUGUUUUUUUAAGCUUAAAAACAUUCUUUUUAAUACCCACUUUUUAAAAGACGUCUUAAUAAUGGAACACUGAAGUAGUGAUAACUCAUUAGGUGUCUGUCAGUAUGUUUGUGUUCCUCGACACAGUGCAGAUGAUACAUGAGAAAGAAAUGCGUACAGUAGUCUUCCACAGUCUCCCCGCAGUGUUCAGUUUGUAUUCAUACACCCAGUCACACUUUGUGAUACUGGUAUUUCUUAAUGUUUUUUACUACAUUUAAUCACUAGAAUGUUUUCUUUAUAAUGAUGACAGCUGUUCAGAUAGUGCAGGUGACCAAACCCAAGCUGACUCUAUUUUACAGCUAGGCUUCUUCGUUCUGUCACGUGACGUAUAUUUUCAUAUUGUUCCCCUGUAUUCCCAAACUGUAUUUAUUGCAAUGACUCUCAUUGUAAAACAGUCCACUGUUGUAUGGUUCGGAAAGAAAAUUAUAUGUUAUAAAUAAAGCCUUAAAUCCUUA